AUGCCUUCCUUGACCAGCUCCUCACCUACAAGAUCACAGCUUACAACACUAGGCACCAAAGAGGAAGAAAGCUUAGUAUUGGAGGGCUCAUCACACCUAUCUUGUGUGCUGCUGGAAUGGGAGUUCCAAUUCAAGUUCACACAUCCAUUGGUUGGACCCUCCAAGUUUCUCCUGCCUAACCCAGAGCUCACCACAGUUGUAAGGGGUGAGAACAUUGAUUUCAGACCCCCUGUGUACACAUUAGUUGGGCAUGAGGAUGAUUGCGAGAAGAGGAGCCUGAGCUCGAUCGAGCUGAGUCUCGAGCUGAGGGUCGAGCUGAGGAUCGAGCUGAAUAUCAGGUCCAGGAGCGCUGACUUGGGUGAGCCUGAGUGCUACUACUUUGAGGAGUAUGAGGCUCCAAGGAUGAACCCCUCUGUUGUGGCUGCCCACAAGAGGAUUGGACUUCUCCAAAGGUUCAACAAGUGGCAAGGGAAAGCCAUGGAGAAGAUGCAAAAGUCCAUGGACAAGAUGGUGAGCAAGAUCAAGAGUUUGGAGAAGAAAGUUUCUGGUUCUUCAAGCAAGAAGAAGUCCAAGCUCCCACUUUCCCUAGGAGUAGGUCACUCCUCACCACCCAAAGAAGGCUCUCCCACAAGAGCCUCACAGAGCCUCUUCUUUCGAGCCAGAGAAGGAGAGGACAACACGCAGAGAAGGAGGAAGACUUCCAAGGCCAGACGCUCCAGCUCGACCACCGGACUCGAUCGAGUCCAAACAGAGGAAACUCAACUCGAUCGAGCUGAGGUCGAGUUGACCUGGAAGAGCCCCUGUUUGAAGAUCCUGGAUUCGAACACGAUUCAACCCAGUAUCAGGACUUCUCUCAGACUCUCUGGACUCCCUACAACCGCUUCGAGCGAGCACAACUCCACCAAGGCCAAGGAAGCCACACCCACUUUGAAGACUGAAGAAGAAGAGGAGAGGAGCCACAAGCUCGAUCGAGUGAGCCGAACCCAGUUGAGUGGAGCGCUCCUGAUGGCCGUCUCCCAUCUCCAGACCACGACCUAG